AUGGUACUCAUACGAAAACGUCGUGGUGGUCGUCGACAUAAAAAAUUAAAAGCUAUUGAUCCAUUUUAUUCCGGUCCAAGAAAACUUCUCGUUGAUAAAAAAUUAGUUAGUGCAAAUCAAGCACCAAAAAAAGGUGAAAAAAUUGAUAAUAAAAUUUCUCAUCGUUUUCAACAAUUUCUUGAUAAUAAACAACAUGCUCAAGAAUUACAAAAAUCAUCUAAGAAAAAAAAUAAAAAUAAAUUUAAACAAAAUACAAAUGAAGAUAAUGAAUAUCCAGAACUUGAACAAAAACCAAAUGAAUCUGAUCGACAUUAUUUACAAAGAUUAGAUCAUGAAGUAAAAUUUGCAUUAGAUCGUGCUCGUUAUGAAUCAAAAUAUGAUGUUAAAUUAGUGAAUAGUGAAAAAGGUGAUCAUCAAUUUGAAGUUAAAAAAGAAAAAAGUAAACGAUCUGAAAAAAAAACUCAAAUGAUAAUGUCACAUAGACGUUUACAAACUAAAAAAGAAGAAAAUAAAUUAAAAAAAGAAGAAAAAAAAAUCAAAGAUGAUGAAUUUAAAUUAUUCCAAGAUAAACCAAAAUUUGGUGAAAUAGUUCAUGAACCACCAACAUUAACAUUACCAAAACGUUCGAAAUUUGAUAAAUCCAAAGCUGGUAUGAAAGAUUUAUUAUUAAAGGAAAAAUUAAAAAAUCAAAAUUCCUUUAAUGAAACAAAUCGAAAGAAAAACAACUAA